GAUUCGUUAGUUGUGAUUAAAGUGGCGCGGUAUUGUAAACAAAAUUAGAAUUGCUUUAAUUAUUAUUAUUAAACCAUCAAGGCGCAAAUUUAACAAUAUGGAAGAUAUAUUUAGCAUGGAAUGCGUUCCAAAAGAAAUGCAAGCCAUCACAACGUUAAGCGAACUACAAUCUUUACCCUGCGAAGAUGUGGUCGAUCGUGUUUCACAACAAACUGCGUUAGAAAUUUGCAAACGCAGCUUGGAUAAUUUAAGCGCCAAGCAUGUUGAACUAUUAAGUCUUUGGCUAACUAAACUACUGAAAGCCUAUUUUCGUAAAAAAGUUUGCUGCAUUGCAGCUUUUAAAUGCUUGUAUGUAUGGUUCACAAAGUUGAAAGAUGAAGUGACUUCUGAGAAUAAAACAGGAUGUGACAAUUUUUACAAACUUCUGACUGAUGCACUGGACUUUGCUGGGUGGGCCAAAGGCAAGCUGGCAAAGAUUAGCGAGCGUUUAGGACAUGCAACAGCCUAUUUUCUGCUUUCUAUUGUCAACACUUGCUUGCAACAAAGUAUUGAAAAGGAUAUGCAGGCGCUAAAGGAGCAUGAGACACUAGCGAUCAAACUGCAUGUGACGGUUUUAGCUCUACUUAAAGAAAUCACCAAAAAUGCAAACACAAUACAUGCUCGCAUUACACCGAUGCUGCAACAAUUGAUCGCGAUCACGGACUUUCUUUACGCUAACAUGUCACAUUGGAACGCAUUUGUUAAUACGAGCAAAACAAUGAUAAACAUUUGCAAACACUAUUCCAAUUAUGCUGACUUCAGCCAAUCGACGCCGGAAUGGUUGCGGGAAACACUUUUGCAUAUUUGUGACACAGCUUUGAAUAUUCAGGAAUUGGCGAAAGAGGAUGGAUCGGUAGAGUAUCUCAAAGUUAUACAGGUUUAUAUGAUAAUGCUGCACAACCUAUUGGAUUGUGGUGUUAAGCAUCUGGAUAAGACCGUCUUGGAUUCUAUAACUCUGUUGUUGAUUGGAGGAGAAUUUCUAUCAUCUUGUGAUCUACAUAAGGAAAUGCCAAAACAAUUACUAUUGUUGCCAUAUAUAAUGACAGUUUAUGGGCUAAUAUAUAAGCUUGAGGACUUUCAGAAUUAUCUUUUGCAAUGCCUGGCAGAUCAGGAAAACAAGACUAAUAAUUACACUAAGUUGUGCUUGAAUUAUACAACAACGGUCGUCCUUGAUGAUGCGGAAAUUACGCCACUUACAAUUAAAGUAGUGCAGAACCUAUUCGAGUAUUUGCUGAAAGAUUCGCGGAAUUUUGUGAAUGCUGCACAUUACGAUCGAAUGUUGCAAACAUUUGGUAGUUUGUUGCAUAUCUCGCACUCUGUGGCGCUAUUUAAAUUCUUCUCGGCUGGAAUUUUUCAAGAGGAUCUGAUGAAGCAACAAGUUUGUGCCGAUGUGCUCAUGCUAUUCUUUCACCUGGAAGAGACGAGUAAAAAUUGGAAAUCUGCUGAUAUUGCUCAGGCUGCAGAAUAUUACAGGGAAUGUAAUAAUUCAUAUGCCAUGUUCUCUCAGAAUACAAGCCAAUGGCAUGUGCAACGCAUGCUCAAAUAUUUUCAUAUGCUAGAACGGAAGGAAGCGCCACUGUUUAAUCUGAGAAACUAUAAUUAUCUACAUUGUGUGUCGCCAAGAGCUGAACCGGAUCAGCGCAUGUGGAUGAUGCGUCUGCAGCGUUUACUGAUGUUGCCGUUUAGCGACAUUGAACAAUAUUAUGAAAUGUUGGCCCUUAUGGAACUAUUGGCGACAGAUUCGAAUAACUGGUUGCACCUACUACCGGACAGCGUAAAGAAUAUAAUCAAUAGGGGCAAGUGUCAAUUGCUUCGUAAAGUCUACUUCAAGCUGGCCUUCCAAUCCAACCAACUUACUCGGAAACGUUUACUGCAGGAUGCAAUGCCUUCGCAGGAUAAUGCCAACAAUAGCUGGCAUUUGCAGAAAUUGCUUUACGCCGGUCAGUGUAGUGAUGACAAAGAGUUCAAGUCUUUGGCUAGCAUGCGUACAAUUUCCGCAGAUCUGUUGCCCAUAUUGAGUGCAUUGCAGUUAGCCCAGUUUAGUGAUCAGGUCGCGUCAGUACCCGAAAACAAUCUUUACGAAUGGGAUUAUAAGCGCACUGAAAAACAUCGUUGCAACUUUGGAGGCCAAAAGCGCAAACGUUCAAACCAGCGUAAGGACUUAAUACGUCAAAUUGAGCGAAAUACAAAUGAAUUGUUAGACUAUGCAAAUGAAUUCGAUGCAUCAGAUUUGCAGCAGCUGGGACAAAUUAUUAAGAAUAUGAACCAAUUUUCGCUGACAUAGUUUAAGAUAUAUUUUAUUUCUUUUUAAAUAUUGAACAAAUUAUAUGUGCGUACACUGCCAUCCCCGUCGUCGAUGUAAUCCAAUAACGAUUUACUCAAUUUGUCCAAUUCGUGAUCUUGAAUUAAGAUACCUGCAAGGUUGUAAAAGGUUGUUAACAAUAAUAAAUAGUCAGAUUGUUUUGUAUA